AUGGCGGAGUUCCACGCCAUCUGCACCACUCUCGAAGAAAUCUCCCGACGACUCAACAAUAUAAGCAGAAUCUCUGCAAAAAUUGCUAUUCAUACGCAAAAAUGCUCAGCAUGGUACAAGCAAAACCCGCGAUUGAGGAAAUGGUGGGCAACCGCUUGCUUGGCCAUCACGGUGUUUGUAGUAUUACAGACCUUCAAUGCAUGGCGUCUUAGCAAAAUGCCACGGCAGACAUUCCAGCAACCCAAAGACACCAAGGCCACCGUCACAGCAUCCACACCUCCCACCUCCCAUACAAUAUAUCCCACACCCGUGCAACAAACUCAGCGCAUUAACGAUGGUCUCUCUUCGGAUCGACGGCUAUGGAGAGAGAACAAUCACAAGAUUGUGACACCUGCGGUCACCCAACUCCUGUCCAAUAUGUGCGGUCUGCAUCCUCACGAAGUCCUAUGGGUCUGCAACACUGUUUCCGCUUGGUUCGGCAGAGUGGGAUGGGAAAGUGUCGCCUGGUUGUGGUCAUUUGUUGGGGGACUACCGAUUCGGAGGCCAUAA